AUGGCUGUGGGCAAUAUCAACGAGCUGCCCGAGAACAUUCUGCUGGAGCUGUUCACCCACGUCCCCGCCCGCCAGCUGCUGCUGCGCUGCAGACCUGUCUGCAGUCUCUGGCGAGACCUCAUUGACCUGGUGACUCUGUGGAAGCGCAAGUGUCUUCGGGAAGGCUUCAUCACCGAGGACUGGGACCAGCCUGUGGCUGACUGGAAGAUCUUCUACUUCCUGCGAAGCCUCCGAAGGAACCUCCUUCACAACCCAUGUGCGGAAGAGGGAUUUGAGUUCUGGAGCCUGGAUGUGAACGGAGGUGAUGAAUGGAAGGUGGAAGACCUCUCCAAAGACCAGCGGAAGGAAUUCCCCAAUGACCAGGUCAAGAAAUACUUCGUGACUUCCUAUUACACCUGCCUCAAGUCCCAGGUGGUGGACCUCAAGGCUGAAGGGUAUUGGGAGGAGCUGAUGGACGCCACCCGACCGGACAUCGAGGUCAAAGACUGGUUCGCAGCCAGACCAGACUGCGGGUCCAAGUACCAGCUAUGCGUUCAGCUCCUGUCAUCGGCACACGCACCGCUGGGAACCUUCCAGCCAGACCCCAUGACGAUCCAGCAGAAGAGCGAUGCCAAGUGGAGGGAGGUUUCGCACACGUUCUCCAACUAUCCUCCCGGCGUCCGCUACAUCUGGUUUCAGCACGGAGGCGUGGACACUCACUACUGGGCCGGCUGGUACGGCCCGAGAGUCACCAACAGCAGCAUCGUCAUCGGGCCUCCGCUGCCCUGA